AUGUCUCAUUCUAACGAAAAACGGCGCCGGCCACAGAAGAGCAAGAAAAAAUCGAGAGACGUGCGUCUCUUCGAGCUCACCCGUCUUGCUAACCGCCACCUUCCUGUGACCAUUAACGGUCUUCCUUUGGCCAAGAUCAUAGACUUGCACAGGGCAAAAAACGAAGCUGAAUCAUCUCAGAAAACGCUGGAGUCGGGAACGGAGAAGACUCAAGGAUCAGGUGUGGAUACCAGUGCCAAAGACACAGCUAGCCCCGAGCCUGGAUUGGCGAAAAAACUGAAAAAACGCCUAUCGAAGAAAGCUCGGGCGCAAAUUGCCACCGACCAUAUUUCCCGAGUUAUCAAGCGGGACCCGCUGCAGGCGAUAUAUUUGUCGUUUAUGCUUCGGCCGUCGGACCCGGACUUCCCCUUUGAUUUGGCGCUGCUCAAUUUCAAUUUGGCGGUGCCCGCAGAAUAUCCAGCGAAACCAGCCUCCAUCAUAGUGUUGAACACCGAAGUUCCGCGGGGUUUCGCUGUCAAUGUGGAAAGAGGAUUCCGGGAGAUUGCAAACAUGGCGCAGGCGGCGAGGGGAAAGAAAGGGAAGAACGAAAACAUGGCGAAGAACGAAAAGCUGGGCAAGAAAACCGAAAAUACCAAUGUUGGGAAAUCGAAGGAGGCACGGAUAGCAACAACGAAGGAAGGCAACCUGAUGGAAACCGAUGAUCUGGAAGAGGAUGGCAUGUCGUUGGUCGACGGCCCCACUCUAUUGUCGCAAGUCCAGACGAUGGAUAAGUAUUUGGAAGAUUUUCUCAAGCAAGAAAAAAGACAAACGUUGAAGUUCGUCACUUUCAAAAACAGCGCUCUGUCUGCUGCUACGCCAGAACCGGUUGCUGCUGCUCCUCCUCCAGAAGUUUCCACGGCUUCUGUUCUGAAUAAAGAACUAGAGUCAAACCUUCCACCUCAUGUGUCUCCCGAAAUGUUACGUCAACGAAACCUUGCCACAGACGAACUUACGACAAAACUCAAGGACCACGUAAAACUUUUCAACAAGUCGUCACAAGGGUCUCGCUACAAAAUACAUGUGCCAAUACUUUUGCCUGAAGGUUUGCCCGAACUUUGGACAUUCAACAAUAAUGCGGUGGAUGUGUUCUUAGUGGUUCCUCUAGCAUAUCCCGAAGAAAAGGCAAAAUUAAGCGUAGCCCCCAACUUCAGCACCAACCUUGUCGUGGCUAAAAAGCUGGCGCUCGAGAGUUUUCUUGCGCAAAGGGGCAAAUCGGUCGUUUCUGUGGUGGAAGAAGCAAAGCAGGCAGAGAAAAACGUCCGUGCAAACACGGACACAUGGAUUUCGAAAAAUACGCCGUCCUUGGUUGGUGUGGCCAAUUGGGUUGCCUCCAAUCUCCGAUCCUUGGUUCUUUCUCCAGCAGAGUAUAGUUCAUGGACGGAAAACAUGCACAAGUUGAGCCAGUAA